UGACCCCCUUUAUGCAUUUGUGAAGUUUUUUUUGGUUCAUACAUUGUAGGGUUAAAUAUCAAAAAUCUAAAAGGUGUGCGUCGUACCUGACACCUAGUCGAACACUUUACAGUUGGUUGUGUGACUGUACAUCAUUCCCUUCAAAUGCUAUUGAGCUUUAAAUUAUGGCUAUUUUGUGUAUGGGCCCAUUCGGUAGUGAAAUACAUAUCUAAUUUACAUAUGAUUUAAUAGCUUAUUUUAAUAAAUAUCAAAAAUCUAAAAGGUGUGCGUCAUACCUGACACCUACAUGAACACUUUACAGUUGGUUAUAUGACUGUAAGUCAUUCCCUUCUAAUGCUAUUGAUGUUAGAAACGUGUUUAACAAUGUCGUAUGCAACUUUAGAGACGGCCCCUUAAUUUCCGCAUAUCCGCGAAUAUCGAACGUCCAACGUCACACCAAGUUUAUGCCGGUUAAAAAGCGUUAAUCUAACUGCAAUAAGCAGUAGCAGCAGCAGAGGCUGUGAUGGCGGACCCCGCGGCGGCAGAAGCAGCAUCCUCUCCGUGUCCGACUCCGGGCCUUUCUCCAGCGGCGAGUCCGGGCUCCGAGCCUCCGUCCGCGGCUCUGUCUCCGUCCGCGGGCGGCGCGCAGCGGCUCCUUUUCUCGCAUGACUUGGUGUCCGGUCGGCACCGCGGUUCGCUGCGCUUCGGCCUCGUGCGAAUGAUCCACGGAGAGGAGGACUGGACCGAGGACGAGGAUGAAGACCUUGAUGACGGCGGCGGCGGUGGUGGUGGUGGCGGCGGCGGCGGCGGUGGUGGUGGAGGAGGAGUCGGGGGAGGCGGCGGCCGCGUCCCAGCGAGCUCGGAUACAGAGAACGGGGCACCGGAGUCCCGGACGUGGCCUCUCGGUAGGGGCUUCGUGCGCGUGCAGUGGUAUCCCGAGGGCACGAAGCAGGAUGUUCGGGAAACGAAGUUGAAACUUGAAGAUCGGUCCAUUGUGCCUCGAGACUUUGUGCGCCGAAUGAAUUCAAAUGAUAAGCAGUGUGGUAUAGUGACCAACAUUAACACGGAGUGCGCAGUGAAGCUGGUGGGGACCAACUGUUGUCUAUAUCCUGUAAAUAGUCGGGACCUGCAACACAUCUGGUCUUUUAUGUAUGGCGAUUACAUUGUGUAUGACUUCUGGCUGGGGAAGGUGUAUGACCUCAGCAAUCGCAUCAUCCUGAAGCUCUCCAACGGAGCACGAUGUUCAAUGAGUGAAGAAGACGGAGCCAAGCUCUAUGAUGUUUACCCGCAUGUCAGUGAUUCGGGGCUGUUCUUUGACGAGGCAUACGGCUUUUACCCAGGUCAGGUCCUCAUCGGGCCGGCUAAGGUCUUCUCCAACGUGCAGUGGCUGUACGGCGUGAAGCCCGUCCUCAGCAAGAAGAGCAAAUUCAGAGUGGUGGUAGAAGAGGUGCAGGUUGUGGAGCUCAAAGUGACGUGGAUCACGAAGAGUUACUCUCCUCAAGGCUCGGACAGUGUCUUCCCCCCUCCGUCCACCAUCACACAGGAGAACCUCUGCAGAGUGAAGCGUCUGGGAUACUUUGACCACACGCAGAGGCAGCUGGGCGAGAGAGCUCUCUACGUCUUUCCUGCUAAAGGAGAUGCCACACGAAUCACCUGUGAGGGCCCAGAGGGGGCGCCGGUCUUACCCGAGGACCCAGUCAUCCGGAAGGUCAAACGGAUGUUUAAAAAGCACCCAGGAAAGAAGGUGAAGGAGAGCGCGGAAUCGCAGUCCAACAGUGUGCAGACGGCUGGGAAAACGGAUGAAGCUGAAGAGCGACAGGCACCUCAUGAUCAUACAGAGGAGAACUCGGCGCCAGAGCGCUCCAAUAAUGGCCCCGUCCCAAAUGAGGCAGAUGAGGAAAGAAGGGAACAAAAGCCCACAAUACCCCAGGCACGGUGGCCUCUUCUUGGGGAGCUGGACUCGGAUGAGGACGCCGCAGAGGACACGGAUGACACGAGCUCGAUCACGUCCUCGGCCAGCUCCACAGCCUCGCUGCACAGCGGCCUGGGCAGAAAGAGGAGCAUUCCUCUGUCUAUCCGCAACCUGAAGAGGAAACACAAGAAGAAGAAGACCAAGUUCUCUCGAGAGUUCAAACCAGGAGACAGAGUGGCUGUGGAGGUUGUUUCCACAGUUACCUCAGCUGAUGUGAUGUGGAAGGACGGUCGACUAGAAACAGGAAUCCGUUCUAACGACCUCAUCCCAAUCCAACACCUGGACAACCACGAGUUCUGCCCCGGAGACUAUGUAGUGGACAAACGCAGCCAAGCACUGCAGGACCCAAGUUUGUACGGCGUGAUUCAGAGAGGAGACCACAAGGCCAGGACGUGUGUGGUGAAGUGGGUCAAACUGAAUGCUGCAGGAGACGAUGUGGAGGUGAUCGGUCAGGAGGAAGAUGUUAGUGUUUACGAUAUAUCGGAUCACCCCGACUUCCACUUUCACACUACAGACAUCGUCAUACGGAUAGGCAACUCGGGCUCAGAGGAGUUCAACGAUGAAAGGACUGUGGGACAGGUGUGCAGAGUUGAUGUCAGCAGUAAGGUGGAGGUGGUCUGGGCUGAUAAUUCUAAAUCUGUCGUCUUGCCCCAGCACCUAUACAACGUCGAGUCGGAGAUUGAGGAGACGUAUUACGACUCGGGUGAGGGCAGCACCAGCGGCGCCUCCUCAGAGGAGUGGGAGGAUGAGAGCGACAGCUGGGAGACCGAUAAUGGCCAGGUAGAGGAGGAGGCGGGGACAGGUGGAGAAGACUCCACCCCCAAAACAGAAGCUCUGCCUGAGGCCAAAGCCUCGACGCCCAGUGCCACGGCUGGCACAGACGCACAGGGGUCACCUGCUACACCCGAACUGCCGGCAGGUGGAGCACCAGCAAGUGAGGAGAAGCCCAGUAAGGAGACCCCACGGCUGGCCUUCCGCGAGCUCAAAGAGGCCCUGAAGAUCCUGGAAAGCUUGAAGAACAUGACAGUGGAGCAGCUGUGGACCGGCUCGCCCACCUCGCCCAUUGCCGAGCCGACAGGCGCAACUGGCACUGCCACCCCGGCUGAUGCCAAGCCCACGAAGGAGAAACGCUUCCUGGAUGACAUUAAGAAGCUGCAGGAGAACCUGAAGAAAACACUGGACAAUGUGGCCAUCGUGGAAGAGGAGAAGAUGGAAGAGGAGCGGCCGUCGGCCCCCGCCGAGCCUCAGACACCGGUGCGCUCCGAGUGGCCCAGUGAUACGCCUGUCCUGUGCCAGCAAAGUGGCGGUAAACCCGGUGUCACGUUCACCAGUGCCAAGGGCGAGGUAUUCUCUGUGCUCGAGUGGGCGCCAGACACCCACACGUUUAAAAAGAUGGAGUUCCAGCCGGCGGAAGCGAAGAAGUUCUUCAGUACAGUCAGAAAGGAGAUGGCUUUGCUGGCCACGUCAUUGCCUGAUGGCAUUAUGGUCAAGACAUUUGAGGACCGCAUGGACCUGUUCUCAGCUCUGAUCAAGGGUCCUACGCGUACCCCAUAUGAGGAUGGCCUGUUCUUGUUCGACAUCCAGUUGCCCAACAUCUACCCCGCCGUGCCACCACUAUUCCGCUACCUGUCGCAGUGCAGCGGACGCCUCAACCCAAACCUCUACGACAACGGCAAAGUGUGUGUCAGUCUGCUAGGCACAUGGAUUGGCAAGGGCACAGAGAGGUGGACGAGCAAGUCGAGUCUCCUGCAGGUGCUCAUCUCUAUUCAAGGCCUGAUUUUGGUCAACGAGCCCUAUUACAAUGAGGCGGGUUUUGACAGUGACCGCGGCCUACAGGAGGGCUAUGAAAACAGUCGUUGCUACAACGAGAUGGCCCUCAUCAAGAUGGUGCAGUCCAUGACGCAGCUCCUGGCGCAGCCGGUUGAAGUCUUCCAACAGGAGAUCCGCGAGCACUUCUGCACCAGCGGCUGGAGACUUGUCCAGCGAAUCGAGUCCUGGCUGGAGCUGGACGCGGCCGUGUCUGAACGCGGUACUCGAAACGCCGGCACCAUGCGGGCUGAGCCACUGGACGAGGAGGUUCCUGAAGCGCUGACGCACAGCAGUCCUACAGGCAAACCCGAGUCCAGAGGUGAGGAGGAGCUCGAAGACUCUGGUCUCGGUGCCUUCAAGGACCUCAGCCUGAGCUCGGAUUUGGACGGCUCCAGAGGGGCAGAGCCUGCACAGCCGGGUGGCAAAGUGGCACAGGAGUCUCAGCCGUCUGUCAGGCCGAAGAAGCGGAGGCGGAGCUAUCGCAGCUUCCUUCCUGAGCGUAGCGGCUACCCGGACAUCGGCUUCCCACUCUUUCCCCUCUCAAAAGGCUUUGUUAAGAGCGUGCGUGGCGUCCUGUUUCAGUAUCGUGCAGCACUGAACGCCGCCGGCAUCCCUGAAGAGAAAUAAUCACUCGUCCACUCAUCACAUUUUUCAUCUUUUACUCUUUCCUUUGCUCCUCUUGAGAGCUGCACUCAAUCCCUUUAACCCUCCAACCUCCAGCACGGCUAUUCUCCCUUGGCUAGCCAACCAUGUGUUUUGAUUUAUUCACACACCCCCCCCCCCCUUUUUUUUUUCUUGUUUCAAGGCGUUAUGUUGUCCCAAACCCCUCUGUUGCUGUGAAAACGCCUCUUUCAUAUCGACUCUGGUCUCUCAGGGAGAUAUUGAGAUGCCUGAAGCGUUUGGAGGAAGAAGAAGAGGAGGACGAUAGAAAAAUCUUUUCGAAGCACGGCAAAGACCUGUGUGGACUUUUUAGUGAUUUGUGAGGUAGAGCAAUGCCCGAGAGCUGGGACAGAUGCACCAUUCAACACUGAAAGGGCGUCAUCAUGAAACCUGAGCCAUGAGACCAAAACUGACGGCGAGGACAUGUCACGCUGCUGAAACAUGCCAAAGGUUUGGCAAGUUUAUUGUUAACGACUGCCGGGUGGGAGGAAAAAAAAAAAAAAAGAGCCGUGGCAUGUUCUCGUCCGUGUCACCAUGACGUUUUGGCUCAGCUGAUUGGUCAUCCUCUUUUUCACUGGAAGAUUACACUUCCUAGUAUGCGCUCCACUCUUCAUUUCCUCAUGAAGUGCUGCUCCGUGUUGCAUUAUCAUUUUCACCUUCGAGCCAGUCUCAAGUUCUUUUAUCAUUAGUGUUGCUUGAUGUUUUGCCCCAACACACACACACACACACACACACACACACACACACACACACACACACACACACACACACUCAGAAUGUCAGAAAACUGCCCAAAUGUGGCUGUGAGCCUGAUAAUCAGUUAGUAUGCCUGGUUACCAUGUUUACAUGCAAAAACAAACAAGACACAUUAAACUCUUUCGAUUCUCAGAAAUAGAUCACAGGAGGUUUUUUUCUGUUGUUGUUUGUUUUUUGUUUUUUUACAUCUGCCAUCAAGACCUCGCUCUGUGUAGCUCAUUUCUGCCUUCUCUUUAAGCUCACUCCAUUCAUGUACGAUACAUUUUACACUUUUUAUAAGGAAAAGCCACACGGUCUUGCUACACAUUUUCUUGUGGAUUAUAAAGACACAGUGUUGAGACAUGUGCUAGACCUUCAAGAGAUGAGCUUUCAGAGAUCUGGGCUUGAACAAAGCGCAUAGACACGAUCUUUACAUCUUUUGUAAUCUUUCUUUCUCCCUUUCUCGGUGUCUGUCUCACUUUCUCUCCACCCCUUUCCAUUAGCUAGCGAACGUCUUCUCCAUUGUGCAGUUUCUAUAACAUACACUGCCCCACUUUAAGAUGCCAUACACUGCACAUUAUUCCUAACAGAAGGAGGAGUUAUUUUUAGAAGCACAAUCCCAACCCUUUCUUCAUGCUGUGAAAUGCUAUGUUUAUCCGAGCUCAUCUGUAUCUUUUUUUUUAAGAUAGGUUGCAUUUAGCACUUUUUUUGGGUUAUUGUGUUUAUCGAACAACCAGUAUUCCAAUGUAGCACAAAAACUGGAGGCUCAUCUUGUAUACGUGUUCUAAUAUGACCACAAGGGGGCGACAGAGCACUUUUUUAAAGCACAGUGUACAUGGCGUGAGUGGACGCGUCAGAUUACAGCAUGGCUCUGGCCCACACUGCUUUUGUCUGUGUGGCUGGUGGGAGAUACUUGGUUAUUGUUUAGCGUAGGAGUGUGCGGUUUGGCUCCAAGGUUUUGGGACUGUUCUGGGAUCUUCUACCCAAGUCCUGAGCACGAUGGGAAAACGUAAGCAGGCAGAAAGAACAUUAUUAUUGUUUACACCAGAAGCGCUGUAGUUGAAGUCGUAGCUUUCUGCUGCUUUGUAAGUGAAGUGGCAGGUUUUAACGGUGUCCUAUUUCUAUUUGUGUUAUAUUCUCAAGACACGAUGCUAACUGCUGCACAUGUUUCAGUCUGAGUGCUGUAGAACCUCUGAGACGAUGUCACAUAAUUCCCAAAUUUCUGUACAUAUCCUGUAAGCUCCCUCUAAAAGCUGUUGUCUGUUUCUUCAGUGUUCAUCGAUUUAUUCGACUUUGAACGAUCACCCACGCAGCUUCUAACCAGAAAUGACCCGGCUAUGCUGCAUUAAAUCUGGGACUCCCUGCGUCCAAUUUACAACCAAAAGUUUGCAUUUGCCAGCUCUAUUUAAGGAUUUGCAUGUUAGUAAAUACAUUCUAGUAUUACUGCAAGGAAGGUUAACACUAACUAGUGCUAGUGCACACGCAUUCAGCACAUUUUCUUUGUUCAGUUUCUUCACGUUUUAAAAUAUUUCUCGUUUUUCUUUGCCUUUUUUUAAAAAAAAUUUUCUCUUUUUUAUUUUUAUCCCUUUCUUUCUUGACUGUCCUUAUCUUUCUUUCUCGUCUUUGUCUUUCUUACCUUUGUAUCUUUUCUUAUCUCCCCCCCGCCCACCCCCUUUUUCCUGGUUUAUUUUAUUUUUCUUCUUUCCUACAUGCCUUCCUUUAUUUUAUUCUUCAUGCUGAUCAGUAACAGGAUUGCUGUGUAAAUCUCUGAUCGCUGUGACUCUGCUCUUUGAACGAACGUGUUUAUUUAUGGUUGGCGAUGGCUUUAGGCAUCUUACAGAAAUGUAUUACAAUUGCAUUUCCCCACCUUCCUGAGUAAAUAUUUUUGGCAUGAUAUACUAGGAUGCAUCCCCCCCCCCUCUAAAGGAUGCCCAGAGCAGCACUCUAAGCCCCUAUCUCCCUGCCCCCCCCCCCCCCCCCCCCAAUCAGCUAAAGAGCAUGCCCUUGCUGACACAGUGUGGAUGCAUUAGAGCAGGGACCAGUGGUUCCUUAUCACUCUUAACCAUUGGAACUUUGCUGGAUACAAAGGCACUGAUAUGGCCUGAGGUUUGCACCGCUUUUCUGUGUUAGAACAGAAAAAUGCAUUAAACUGCAUGCUCCCCAGGUCCUCCAGAGCUGGCCCGAGUCAAUUCUUAUUAUAAACAUUUUUAUCCUCCUGCAGAACUCCAUUUCUUUCCAGAAGUGCAGUCCAUCUCCAUUCUCGUUGACCUGUACAGCAUUUUUUUUUUUUUAAAUUAUUAUUAUUUUUAUUUUUUUUUACAGUCUUACACAAUCCUCCACAAAAGAUCAGACAUCGGUGGAUCUUUUUAGGUUUUAUUUUUUCCAUUUAUAAUCUUUUACUGUUCGGGAUUUGGUAUAAAUGCUGCUUUUUUCCAGCCUUGUGGAACAACACUUAAUAGGACUGGGUUCAGGACACGGCGCAUGUUAAACCCCUCUUACUGUGACUGUUUCCUGCUGUUCUCCUUCUGCUCACCUUUGACCUCCAACCCUCUCCAUUUCUGCUACUAUGAAAACAAAUGUGAAGUCUUGAAACAAGUCGGACAUCAAGCACAUAAAGCUCUGACCCGUUUUCCCACAUCUGUGUAGAAAAUCCUCCUUCGGUCCUGUUGGCGAGAGAUAACAGCCAAAGCAUGUAACAUGUCGCUUUAAGCCUUAUGGCUGCUCACAAGACUUGACUGUAUGAUAUAAAACAUUUCCACAGUGGCCUGUAUUGGUAAACUAAUGAAAAAAAAAAAAACAACAACCAAGAUUUGUAGCCUGAUUUCCUCUGUACAGAAGUCAUGACUAUAUAUAAAUA